AUGUCACCAUCUUUUAACAGGAAGGGGACUUCGCAUCUGACGGAGGGUCAUUUGCUGGUACAUGAAACUAGAACCUUAGGUGUUGGCGAUUUGACUAGAUUUAAAUUAACGAUUGAUAAAGGUAAACUGGAUACUGAUCUUUCUGAUGUAAGGGAAUUGUUUGUUAAGAUAAAAAACAAAGAGAGUGCCUUGCUACGGCCUAUUUAUUUGACUGGCCCAUACGCGUUUUAUGUUGACGUGAGACCCCACAAUUAUAAUGAAGAGACUGCAGUGAAAGGUGAUGAACCCAUUCAGUUUUGUGAAGAUUUGAAACCGGAUGAAAAAUUCAAAGCCAAAUUGUUUUUUAAUGAAAACUCAAACAUUGAAGGCACUACGCUAUAUUCAUGGACAAUCGAUAUCAUUUCGCAAUUAGCAGUAAUUAUUCAACCUUGCUUGAAUUAUAGCAUAAAAAUUGGUACGACUAAAUAUUCCACUAGAAGGAGGUUCAAAAAUGAUAAAGUCUUCAAGAGAGAUUAUAUAGCUUUGAAGGAAUGGGAUACACUAUCAUUGUGGAGUCUACCACCCAAGUUUCCCAAAAAACCGGUUCAUUUGGUUAUUUUAACGCAUGGUAUCUUUUCAAAUAUUGGUUGUGAUAUGCUGUAUAUGAAGGAUAAAAUAGAAGAGAUAGCCAAUUCCUUACCUGAGGACAUUAAUUCUAAUGUUGUCGUAAGAGGAUGUAUGAAUAAUAUGGGCAAGUCUGCGCACGGUGUCCAUUAUUUGGGGAAAAGAGUUGGUGAAUACGUCAUAAAGACCAUUGACGAACUUAAUGAAGAUUAUAAAGUCGAUAAGAUAUCAUUUAUUGGUCAUUCCCUAGGCGGCCCAACUCAAUCAAUGGCUGUCCGUUAUAUUAGUGUUAAGAGACCAGAUAUUUUCAAUCCACAAAACGGUAUCAAACCGAUUAAUUUCAUUGCAUUAGCUAGUCCAUUUAUUGGAGUAAUCGGUGAUUUCCCCAUGUAUAUAUCACUCCCAUUAGAUAUGGGUGCUCUGGGACUCACUGGUAGGGAUCUAAAUUUGAAGUAUACUCCACUGACAUCUAAGGAUGGUUUGUUCAGUGAUGCUCCAAAGACUGACAAAAAACAUCUUCCAAAAUUAAUAAUGGAAAUACUUCCACUAUCACCAGCAAAAUCAAUUUUUGAAAGAUUCGUGAAUCGUACACUGUAUGCUAACAUUGUCCAUGAUGGGAUUGUUCCACUGAGAACUGCUGCAUUAUUGUACUUGGACUGGAAAAGCUUGGCUAAAGUGAAAAAAAUACAAAAGAAGGAGGCAUCCUCUCCAGCAGGUGAACUUGGCGGACCAAUAGAAACAACUCCUACCUCAGAAUCGUCUACUAAUAUACCUGAACCAGAUGAAACUAAUGUCAAAACAGGUGAAAUUCCACAGGAUAGCUUGGAUAAGAAAGCAGCCUUACAAUGGGCCAUGCCCCAAUCACUCAUACGUAACAGGAACAGUAAGAAGUUUAAAAGGGGCCAGAUAAACGGCACCGAUUCAGAGUCAGAAGAUGAUGACACUGAUGUUGGAGGCUCCAAGAAGAAAAAUAAAAAGAAGUUUUCAGCACCUGACGAGGCUUCUACCCUUUUAUCAGCAUUAUCUGUACUUACAGCUCCCGUACCCAGCCAAGAAUACAUCAAAAAUCCUGAAACUAGAUCUGACUCGGUUGUCCAUGACAAAUUGUACCAUCCAGAAGAUCUUCCUCCACCACACUACCAGAGCAGGCCAGGCUAUAAGAGGAUAAUCUAUCCAAAUGAGACCGUAAAUAGAGUGCAAGAGCGCAUUGCAAGAGCAUGGCAAGAAAGUAUGCCAUGGAGAAAAGUCCUAGUUAAGAUACAGCCUGAUGCACAUAACAACAUUGUGGUGAGAAGAAGAUUUGUUAAUCUUUAUGGGAAUGUUGCAAUAUCGCACAUGGUCCAGGAGCAUUUUGGUAAGGAGGCAACUGAAAGAUAUACGUCUAUAAAUACUAAAUAA